ACAUUUCUUUGUUACCGAGCUGAUGGCUUCAUACAAUCAAUGAGCCAAAUAACAGUUAAGUACUUUAACACAUUUAGGCCUAGGAUACUUUACCCUUUUCAUGAUCAAUAUUAAUUCUAAACGUGUAGUGCAAUUUUACAGGUAGGAAAUGUCCCUGGGUCAACAUGUUGAUCAUAAAAAACAUUCAAAUCAGCCAAUAUUGAAAGCAUAAGUUUACAGUUAUAUGAUAAGUUCAGGCGUACAGUAGGUCCACUGUAUGCUACAGUUAGUUUUAGAGUCGUUUAUCAUUAUUUAGCAUAUUUUAUCAUUGUUAUUCAACAAUUAACUCCCUAUGGUAUGGACUGAUUUUCGUACAGGAAUGAUAUCCUUCUUAUUUUCGUUUUCUUGUAAGUCAUAUGGAUUCUUCCUCAUUCAUCUUCUUAGAUCAUUUGCGGACCAGGUAGAGAGGGCGGGGAGGAGUGUGCCCUCUCUUCCUGAGCCGCAGCCAAUGAAUGAUGAUCAGGAUGAGCAACUUCUGGAUCAGAUUGCUGGCGUCAUUGUACUAAUCGGUGAUCUUGUAGAUCAAGACCAAACAAUCAAAAACUUGAUUGAUAGGUUUGCAUGUGUGCUGGACAGACAGCAUUUCCAGAGACUUGCAGGCAAAGUGUUUCAUGAUGGUAUCACCUGGGGAAAAAUUGCUUCCCUGAUUUGUAUUGUUGGAAAAGCAAUUGUAAAGAUUAUUGGCGGUUCCAUUCCUGACUUUGUGUCUUGGACUCUAAAUUACUUCAAGGAUAACCUACAGACCUGGAUCUGCAGUAUGGGAGGAUGGAUCAAUAGUAUCUCCUCCUUGGCCCGUUUCUCUCUUGAGCUGGAUUUGGGCUCCUCCUCCAGUCUCAUUUGGUCUUCCUCUGGACUCCCCUUCAUCAGUGGAGUGCUGCUGGGGGGCUUCAUAGUCUGGAGCCUGAUUAGACGAGCCUGAGGAGGGUCAGUGGAGGAGCGAUGAGUUGAGGAAAGGAUGAAUCCAGAGAUAUAGAAAUGCGGAAUCUGGGGUCCAUGUGCGUUUGCAUCUCUGCAGAUCAUGUGAGCAAGGAAGGAUAAAAGAAAGGUGUAGGAUUUUCUCAAAUUGAAACCAGCAAGACUUGACAUUUCAUCCGUGCUGUGCCAAGAGGACUCAAAAAUGGUUCAUUGUAAAUUGUUGCAAACAGUUUAUAUGAGCUGAAUUUAAACAAACAAAUUAAGUUGAAAACUACUAUAAUUAAUUGUUGCUUAGGCGACGCAGUGGCGCAGUAGGCAGUGUUGUCGCCUCACAGCAAGAAGGUCGCUGGUUCGAGCCUCGGCUGGGUCAGUUGGCGUUUCUGUGUGGAGUUUGCAUGUUCUCCCUGCGUUCGGCUGGGUUUCCUCCGGGUGCUCCGGUUUCCCCCCACAGUCCAAAGACAUGCAGUACAGGUGAAUUGGGUUGGCUAAAUUGUCCGUAGUGUAUGAGUGUGAGUGAGUGUGGAUGGAUGUUUCCCUGAGAUGGGUUGCAGGUGGAAGGGCAUCCGCUGCCUAAAACAUGUGCUGGAUAAGUUGGCGGUUCAUUCUGCUGUGGCGACCCCGGAUUAAUAAAGGGACUAAGCUGAAAAGAAAAUGAAUGAAUGAAUAAUUGUUGCUUAAAUUCAGCGUCUAUAAAUUGUUUAUAACCACUUACCUUUAAAAAUAAAGCAAAUCCAAUGAAUUAGGCUUUUCAGUGCUGUUCAGUGCAGUUUCUGUGCCUAUAUACUGUCUACCUCAGCUGAACUUGUUAAACCUCCUUUAAUAAAAUAAUGCAAUGUGAACUCUA